AUGACUACUCAUCAGCCUCCUCGCCGACCAAUCCGCAUUGGCAACGCCUCUGGCGCCAUUGGGGAUGGAAUCGACCAAGUCUACAAGCUCGCCAAUUCGGGCUGCGUCGACGCCAUCGCGGCCGACUAUCUGGCCGAGUUCAACAUUGCCUGGAAGGCCAUUGAGCGGCAGACCCGCCCGGAACUCGGCUAUGAGCCCAAUUUUCUCGAGCAGCUAGCCUGGCAAAAUGGCGACGCCGCACGACUUCUUGCUGAGAAGAAGAUCAAGGUCGUCCAUAACGGCGGUGCGCUCAAUCCGACCGGCCUCGCCCAGAGGGUCGAUGAGUACUUCCGCGGCCUGGGUAUCACGAGUGUGAAAGUCGCUGCCGUCACGGGUGAUGAUGUCAGCCAGCGGCUUAAAGACGGGGGUUUCGGCACCAUCACACAUCUCAAUCGUCCUGAAGUAACUCUUGCCCCUGGCACAGAAACCAACGACAUCCUCGCGGCAAAUGUGUACACUGGCCAGGCGGGCAUCGUGGCCGCCUUGCAAGCCGGUGCCGACGUAGUCAUCUGCGGCCGCUGUUGCGACGCAAGCACCGUCAUGGGCCUUGCAACAUGGUGGCACGGCUGGAAGCCUGCUGGCUCUCGAGAAAAAUACCACCGGCAGCUCGCAGGCAGCCUCAUGGCCGGCCAUCUGAUCGAGUGCGGCGCGUAUGUCACCGGCGGGAACUUCUGUGGCGCAAGAGAGAUACCGCAGAUGCACCACCUCGGCUACCCCAUCGCGGAGAUCGACAGCGACGGAGGCGCCAUCAUCACAAAACCCCCCGGCACGGGCGGCGCCGUCACGGUGGACACUUGCAAGGGGCAGCUGCUCUACGAGAUCCAGGGCCCCGUGUACCUGAACGCUGACGUGGUCGCCGACAUUGAGCACGUCCACCUGGAACAGCUCGGCCCUGACCGUGUGCGUCUCUCGGGGGUCAGGGGCCUGGCUCCGCCCCCGACGGCGAAGCUUGCCGUGUGUCUGCGCGGCGGGUAUCAGGCAGAGAUGACGGGCUUCUGCGCUGGUCUCGAUACGGACUGGAAGUUUGAGCUCAUGAAGGACCAGAUCCUGCGAGAGAUCCGACAAGAGGAUUUCACGACGUUCAGCAUUGUCAAGUUUGGCUCGUCGCGGCCGAAUCCGCGGUCGCAGAACGAGUGCACGGUCGGCAUCAGGAUGUUUGCCCAGGCCAGACACGAAGAGGCCUUCGAUAAUUUCAGAAAGGCCAUCUUCUACAGCGGGAUGCAGGGCUACUGCGGUCUGCACUUAUCCAUGGACUGGCGCACAAUGGCUCCAAAGAUGUUCAUUCGGUACUUCCCCAGCUUGGUACCCCAGCACGACAUCCUCCUGACGGUACACAUUGUGUCUUCUGGUGAUGCGGAGAGGAAUGCUCAGACAAUCAAGGUCAAGCCGCUCAGCCUGAGAGACUGUUCAUCGGCGGCUCCACACCAGAGACAGCACACCGCUCCGCCGCUUAGCCACGCUUAUAUCAACACCUCAUCGUGGGUGACCCGGCCCUUUGGCGAUCUCGUGUUCGCUCGAAGCGGGGACAAGGGCGGUAACGCGAACGUCGGAUUCUGGGUACGCGACGCCAAAGCCUGGCCGUGGCUGCGUAGCUUCCUGAGCUCGGAGAAGCUCAUCGAGUUGCUGGCUGAUGACUGGGACCCGAGCUUUGUAAUGGAACGAUGCGAGUUUGUGGGGCUUCAUGCUGUUCACUUCGUGGUCAAGGAUAUCCUUCAGGACGGCGUGAGUAGCAGCAGUGUCAUUGACGGGUUUGCCAAGAGCUUUGGCGAGUUUCUCAGAGCGAGGCACGUUCAGAUGCCCAAGGAUCUGGUGGAGGAUGAGGACAAGAGAAGGGAUGCGGCCAUGCGGUGGAGGGCGAAGCUAUAA